AAAACUUCUGGAGUCAGAGGGUGAGAGUUUCCCCUUCCUAGAAAACAUUUUCUCUCUUCUUCCUUCCUUCCUCUUUGCCCUCUAUUUUCAGGGCGUGUGGGGAGGGAAACCUCGGUUUAGUUGGUUUAGUUCUUCCGCUAAGAACCCGGGGGUGGGGGGACGCUUUCGCGGAUGCCGCGCUGCUGGCGAGGGACUGUCUCCAGGCUGAAAGCUCCCAGCGGCCCGGCCCGCAGAGGUCGGGGUGUGGUUCCCUGAAGAGCCGAAGGCUGGAGUAGCCCACCGGGGCGCAGAGGCGCCGGGAGCUGGGGCGGGCUGGCGGGCCGAGGCAGAGGACAGUGCCGGGGCCGGGCCGGUCCUCGGGGCUCCUCGAGGCUGGUCAGCUGCGUGGCCUCUCGGCCCUCGCGGCCCUUCUCGACUCCACUCCCCAGGAUAUCUUGGACGCGUCUAAGGCGCCAGAGCUCUUUCCUGUGGACUCCUGGGGUGGGAUGUCUCAGAGUCUGGGGAGUCCAACUCACCUUCCCAGGCUGUCCGAGACAAAAUGAACCAGGCUGGGCCCCCACCCACCGCCCUGGCCCCGGCUCUCUCGGGCGCCUUCUGCCUGGGUGUGUGCGGGGAAUGCUUCUGUGUGCUGGCGCCACGGCGCCCGGGCUGCCCUCCCCGCGUGUGUCCUCCCGGAGACCCCUCGGGCCGAGCCUUUCCUUCCGCCUGCGGGCCCAGAGGCUGGAGUAGGGGACGCGAGUGGGGCGGGCGGGCAGAGCGAGCCCCGGGAGGCCGGCGGGCGGCGGAGAGCGCUGCGCCGCUUGUCUCCAGCGCGCACUAUCGCGGGCGCGUAGUAGAUGUCGCUGUUGUCCGCGCUUACGCGGCCGGCUGGCCGGGCUCUGGAGCACGUGACCUGCGAGGAGGCUGCGGCUCAAGGCCAUUUUCAAAUCUCAUUGGCUUGGUUGUCAUGUGGUCGGCAGAGGCAUCCACAAUUACACGGGGAAUGUUUUCCUAGAGAUGUCAGCCUACAAAGGACACAAUCUCUCUUCUUCAAAUUCCUCCCCAAAAUGUCCUUUCCCAACAGCUCUCCUGCUGCUAAUACUUUUUUAGUAGAUUCCUUGAUCAGUGCCUGCAGGAGUGACAGUUUUUAUUCGAGCAGCGCCAGCAUGUACAUGCCACCACCUAGCGCAGACAUGGGGACCUAUGGAAUGCAAACCUGUGGACUGCUCCCGUCUCUGGCCAAAAGAGAAGUGAACCACCAAAAUAUGGGUAUGAAUGUGCAUCCUUAUAUACCUCAAGUAGACAGUUGGACAGACCCGAACAGAUCUUGUCGAAUAGAGCAACCUGUUACACAGCAAGUCCCCACUUGCUCCUUCACCACCAACAUUAAGGAAGAAUCCAAUUGCUGCAUGUAUUCUGAUAAGCGCAACAAACUCAUUUCUGCUGAGGUCCCUUCGUACCAGAGGCUGGUCCCUGAGUCCUGUCCCGUUGAGAACCCCGAGGUUCCUGUCCCUGGAUAUUUUAGACUGAGUCAGACCUACGCCACCGGGAAAACCCAAGAGUACAAUAACAGCCCCGAAGGCAGCUCCACAGUCAUGCUCCAGCUCAACCCUCGCGGCGCGGCCAAGCCGCAGCUCUCGGCCGCCCAGCUGCAGAUGGAAAAGAAGAUGAACGAGCCAGCGAGUGGCCAGGAGCCCACCAAAGUCUCCCAGGUGGAGAGCCCCGAAGCCAAGGGCGGCCUUCCGGAAGAGAGGAGCUGCCUGGCAGAGGUCUCCGUGUCCAGUCCCGAAGUACAGGAGAAGGAAAGCAAAGAGGAAAUCAAGUCUGAUACUCCAACCAGCAAUUGGCUCACUGCAAAGAGUGGCAGAAAGAAGAGGUGCCCUUACACUAAGCACCAAACGCUGGAAUUAGAAAAAGAGUUCUUGUUCAAUAUGUACCUCACCCGCGAGCGCCGCCUAGAGAUCAGUAAGAGCGUUAACCUCACCGACAGGCAGGUCAAGAUUUGGUUUCAAAACCGCCGAAUGAAACUCAAGAAGAUGAGCCGAGAGAACCGGAUCCGAGAACUGACCGCCAACCUCACCUUCUCUUAGGUCCGAGGCCCGUCAGAGGCUAGGAUCGGAGAGGGGCGUCGAGUUCCAGGGCCGAGUGCUGGAGGACUGGGAAGGCGGAAACAAAACCUUCAAUGCUCUUUGUUUUUUGAAUUUUUUUUUUUUCCUGCUAGAAUGUGACUUUGGGGUCAUUCUGUUCGUGCUGCAAGUGAUCUGUAAUCCCUAUGAGUAUAUAUAUAUAUAUAUUAAAAAAACUAGCACGUGUAAUUUAUUAUUUUUUUUCAUCGUAAUGCAGGGUAACUAUUACUGCGCAUUUUCAUUUGGCUCUUAACUUAUUGGAACUGUAGAGCAUCCAUCAAUCCAGUCGUCCAUCCAGCAAUGUGACUUUUUCAUGUUUUUCCUAACACAAAAGGUCUCUGUGUGUGGUUAGUCCAUGAGCUCAUGGCGUUUUGAAUACAUCCAGUACUUAAAAGUACUUAAAUUACAUAUAUAUUUAAAAAGAUUAAAACCCACAAGCUUUGGGGGGAGGGGGACUAAAAAAGCACAUUACAAUGUAUCUUUUUGCAAAUGAGUUUAGCAGUUGUCCUUGGUGAGAUGGAAUAUUGACUGACUUUGCCUUGUAGCCUUUCCCUUGUGGUGCAUCUGUGGUUUGGUAGAAGUACAACAGCAACCUGUCCUUUCUGUGCAUGUUCUGGUCG